AUGAAGCUGGGCUCCAAGCCGGAUGCUUUCACCAGGCGAGGCCAGGCAUGGUUCUGCACAACUGGACUUCCCAGCGAUGUUAUUGUCGAGGUCGGGGAGAUGUCCUUCCACCUCCACAAGUUUCCUCUGCUUUCAAAGAGUCCCAUCCUGGGAAGGUUGAUUGAGGAGAACUCAGACCUAGAUGAAUGUAUAAUCAAACUAUCCGACAUCCCAGGGGGUGCAAAAUCAUUCGAGUUAGUGGCAAGGUUCUGCUAUGGUGUCAAGAUAGAGCUCUCUCCGGCCAACAUUGUCCACCUUCGAUGUGCCGCGGAGUAUCUUCAGAUGACAGAAGAAACAGCCGCAGAUAACCUUAUCAACCAGGCAGAAACGUUCUUUAACCAAGCUGUCCUCCGCAGCUGGAAAGAUUCCCUGGAAGCACUCAAGACAUGUGAUGUCCUUCUCCCUCACGCCGAAGACCUUCACAUCGCGAAGAGAUGCAUCGAGUCGUUGGCUGCCAAGGCUAGCAUUGAUCCGGACCUCUUUGGCUGGCCAGUCUCAGAACACGGUGCGAUGCUAAGCCCUGAGGGCAGUGUACUGUGGAAUGGCAUUAGCACGGGCGCAAAGCUCGGGAACUUCAGCUCAAAUUGGUGGUAUGAUGAUGCCUCAUCAUUGAGCUUCCCUACGUACAAGAGGCUCAUUUCCACUAUGGAGUCAAGAGGCGCCAAGGAGGAGAUCAUUGCGGGUUCGCUUAUGUACUAUGCCAAGAAGUGUCUUCCAGGAUUGAAUAGGCGUCAAAGCAAGGGACUGGUGGCAUUGCCCCUGAAUUCUGCUAUUACCCUGUCUGAGGAAGAACAAAGGCGUCUGCUCGAGGACAUUGACAGGAUGCUACCUCUUCAGAGAGGUCUAGUAUCCACAAAUGUUUUGCUCUGGCUGCUUCGAACUGCCAUGAUUCUGAAAGUCAACCGUGCUUGCAUCUCCAACUUAGAGAAAAGGGUUGGCAUGCAACUAGAUAAAGCCACGCUGGAGGAUCUACUGCUGCCGAACUUCUCGUACACCAUGGACACACUCUACAAUGUUGAAUGUGUGCGCAGGAUCCUUGAUCACUUCUUGGAAAUGGACCAGACGACCGGCGGCAGUGGUUCCCCGUGCUUGGAUGAUGUGAUGGCUUCUCCCUCACUGGCGCCGAUCACCGCUGUUGCUAAGCUAAUCGAUGGCUACCUCGCAGAGAUUGCACCAGACAUCAAUCUGAAGCCACCGAAAUUCGAAUCUCUUGCAGCUGCUUUGCCUGAAUAUGCUCGGCCUCUAGACGAUGGUCUUUACCGUGCCAUUGAUGUAUAUUUAAAGGCGCAUUCUAGUCUACCGGAGUCCGAGCGCGAGCACCUCUGCCGGCUGAUCGACUGCCAGAAGCUCUCCCUAGAGGCAUGCACCCACGCGGCGCAGAAUGAGCGGCUGCCGCUGCGCGUGGUGGUGCAGGUCCUCUUCUUCGAGCAGCUCCAGCUGCGGACAUCCAUCGCUGGGUGCCUGAUGGUCUCCGACAACCUCGAAGGAGGAUCCUCACGUACCCUGCGUGGCAGCGACGCGGUCGCGAUGUCGGGUGAAGCUGGUGCCAGCUGGGUCACCACGGCGGCAGUGAGGGAGAACCAGGCGCUCAGGGCCGGGAUGGACAGCAUGCGGCUGCGUCUGGCGGAGCUCGAGAGGGAGUGCUCCGGCAUGCGGCAAGACAUCCGGAAGCUCGGAGGCGGGAAGGACGGCGGGUGGGCAGCGCGGGUGCAGCGGGUGUUCAGCCUGAAGAUGAAGCUGCAGAUGUGCAGCACCGACGAGGGGAGGAUCAGCGAGCAGCACCGUAGCGCGGCCGCAAAGCUAGAGAAGCUUCAGGCCAAGGUGUCCAAGCACAAGAAGCACCUCUCCAUUAAUGCCUGA